AUGGAGGAAUCGGCAACUAUGAAAAUUGAGGAUGCUUUAGAUCAAAGCCGAAAGCUUAAUUUUCGCCCAUUAGUACAUACUAUUUACAGGGUUCCAUAUUUGCUUCGGAAAGUGAACGAAGAAGCUUACACUCCUCAACUUAUUUCAAUAGGGCCUUUUCACUACCGCUCGCCAAAAUUACAAUCCAUGGAAAAUUUUAAACUGAGAUUUCUUGAGGAUUUCAUGAAACGUAUCGAUAAAACGUCGAAGGAGUUAGUAAGCAUCGUGAAAGACUUGGAAAAAAGCGUUCGUGAAUGUUAUGAAGAGACAAUUGAAAUUGAGUCCGACGAUUUUAUGAAAAUGAUCCUGCUGGAUGCGUGCUUCAUCAUUGAGUAUUUCUUGAGAGAUGGCAACUUGAUAGAAUUGAAGGAAUGGCAGACUUCUAGGAUGAAAUUAGACUUGAUAUCACUUGAGAAUCGACUUCCUCUCUUUAUAAUCAAGAAAUUAUAUGAGCUGCUUCCACUCAAGUCUACUUCAAUAUACCCAACCAGCUUCCUUGAGCUUACCUUUAACUACUAUAGACUUGUUAACGAUCAAAGAAAACGUCCUGAUUAUCCAGAUUCAGAAGAAAUAAGGCACUUUCUUGAUUUGAUGAGAUACUUUUGCUUGCCUAAUCGCCAAAGUCUCCCAAAAAGAUGUUUUAAUAUAGUUACGGAAAUGUACUCUGCCACCCAGCUGGCUGAGGCAGGAUUGAAGUUUAAGCCAAUUUCAAGCGGAUCCUUAAUUGACCUAAAAUUUAACGAGGGAGUGUUGGAAAUCCAAAAUUUCCUCAUCAAUACAGUCAAAGAUGUGGAUUUACUUGUUGAUGAGAAAAUCAUUGUGAAGGGCCAGGGCACCAACAUUAGACCAACGUUACCCAACAAUUUGUGCACAGGUAUCUCAUAUGGGGACGUCAGUGAUGAUUAUUCUGAUAUCUGUAGACAAUUGGUGGAUUUCCGUAAAAAACGUUGGUAUGUAAUUCUGAAGAGUAGCUUGAGAAAGGAUUAUUUUCGCACGCCUUGGAUGGGUGCUGCUACCAUUGGUGCUAUCAUCUUGUUGAUUCUCACUCUCAUACAAACUGUAUGUGCUGUCAUUUCGAUAUUCAAGUAG